CAUAUUUGUACGCAUGCGCAGAGAGACCCGUUCGCUGUCAAAUUGAUCAAAUUGUCAUCGAGUUGUUUCGCUGGCUUAACCGUGUCAAAUCAGACUCAAAGUCCACCGGAGGAAAUGUUACCAACACGAGUCUUUCACUUUUUGGGAUCGUCUUUUCCAACAGGAAGUAAAUAUUAAACACAGGGUGUAACUUGCGUUUGGGUCAGGCUUUCGCGCACAGGGUGUCUGGACCACGGCGCUGCCAAGUUGGAUUUGACAGUACCAUUGCUAACGUUACCAGCAAGACAAGAGAGAACGGAUUUUUUGACCGACUACCAGGUUAACCGAACCAGAAAGUUCGGUCCGGAUGGUGUUGUCUGUACAAAUUCAGGUGGUUGACAGUCGGACGGGCACUGUCGCCAUGGGCAACCGGGGGAUGGAGGAUCUGAUCCCCUUGGUGAAUAGGCUCCAGGACGCCUUCAGCACCAUUGGCCAGAGCUGCAACCUAGACCUGCCGCAGAUAGCUGUCGUUGGCGGUCAGAGCGCAGGCAAGAGCUCUGUCCUGGAGAACUUUGUGGGCAGUAAAACAAACCUCCACUAGCUGUGUCCUAGUCAUCACACACAAAUGAACAUGCCCCUGCCUGCACUGGAAAAACCUAUACUGGGACUUCCUCCCCCGGGGUUCUGGCAUUGUCACCCGCAGACCCUUGGUCCUCCAGCUCAUCUCUGCCAGCACAGAGUAUGCAGAGUUUCUCCACUGUAAGGGGAAGAUGUUUUCAGACUUUCAGGAAGUUCGGCAGGAGAUCGAAGCAGAGACAGUGAGACUCACUGGAACCAAUAAGGGCGUCUCUUCUGUCCCCAUCAACCUACGAGUUUAUUCCCCUCACGUGUUGAACCUGACCCUGGUGGAUCUGCCUGGCAUUACCAAAGUGCCUGUUGGAGACCAGCCGGCUGAUAUAGAGUACCAGGUGAGGGACAUGAUCAUGCAGUUUAUCUGUAAAGACAACUGUCUGGUCUUGGCUGUGACUCCAGCUAACAUGGACCUGGCCAACUCUGACGCUCUCAAACUGGCCAAGGAUGUGGACCCUCAGGGCCAGCGGACCAUAGGGGUGAUCACUAAGUUGGAUCUGAUGGACGAGGGAACGGAUGCCCGGCACAUACUGGAGAACAGGUUACUGCCACUACGCAGAGGUUAUAUCGGGGUGGUGAAUCGUAGUCAGAAGGACAUUGAUGGGAGGAAGGACAUUAAGGCAGCUCUGGCUGCAGAGAGGAAGUUCUUCCUGUCUCACCCUGCAUACAGACACAUGGCUGACAGCAUGGGUACCCCCUACCUACAGAGAGUCCUGAACCAGCAACUGACCAAUCACAUCCGAGACUGUCUGCCAGUGUUCCGCAGUUGUCUCCAGAGCCAGCUCCUAGCGCUGGAUAAAGAGGCUGAGGAGUACAAACACUACAGAGCUGACGACCCAGCACGCAAGACAAAGGCCCUACUACUGCUGAUGCAGCAGUUUGCAGCAGACUUUGAGAAGCGUAUUGAGGGCUCAGGAGACCAGGUGGACACUAUAGAACUGUCAGGAGGAGCCAAGAUCAACCGCAUAUUCCACGAACGCUUCCCCUUCGAACUGGUCAAGAUGGAAUUUGAUGAGAGGGAGCUGCGGCGGGAGAUCAGCUAUGCCAUCAAGAACAUCCACGGCAUCAGGACAGGUUUGUUUACUCCAGACCAGGCGUUUGAGGCUAUAGUGAAGAGACAGAUAAUCAAGCUGAAGGGUCCCUGUAUUAAAUGUGUGGACAUGGUCAUCCAGGAGCUGAUCAACACUGUACGCCAAUGCACCGCCAAGUUGGGUUCCUUUCCAAAACUGCGAGAGGAGACGGAGAGAAUCGUUACCACAAACAUCCGGGACAGAGAGAGUCGAGCUAAAGACCAGGUCCUGCUGCUAAUCGAUGUACAGGCAGCCUACAUCAACACUAACCAUGAGGACUUCAUUGGCUUCGCUAAUGCGCAGCAGAGGAGCGCUCAGACUAAUAAGAAGAGCAUUGCAGGAAACCAGGGUGUGCAACCAGUCUCCAGUCUAAUAGUCAUCCGUAAAUCCUGGCUGACCGUCAACAACAUCAGUAUCCUCAAGGGCGGUGCCAAGGAGUACUGGUUCGUCCUGACCGCUGAGAGCCUGUCCUGGUUUAAGGAUGAUGAGGAGAAAGAGAAGAAGUACAUGUUACCGUUGGACAACCUGAAGCUGAGAGACGUGGAGAAGAGCUUCAUGUCCAGUAAACACGCCUACGCCAUCUUCAACACCGAACAGAGGAAUGUGUAUAAGGACUACAGGUUCCUGGAGCUGGCGUGUAGCUCUCAGGAAGAGCUAGACAGCUGGAAGGCUUCUCUGCUGAGGGCCGGAGUCUAUCCUGAGAAAGUCACUGUGGAUGGGGAGUGUAGUGGUUCUAGUGAUAGUUUCUCUAUGGACCCUCAGUUGGAGCGUCAGGUAGAGAUCAUACGUAACCUGGUGGACUCCUACAUGAACAUCGUUUACAAAGCCAUCAGAGACCUCAUGCCCAAGACUAUCAUGCACCUCAUGAUCAAUAACGUGAAGUUGUAUAUUGGUAGUGAUCUCCUGGUGCAGCUCUACUCUCUAGCAGAGAAGUGUGUGUUGAUGGAUGAGUCUCCAGAACAGGAGCAGAGGAGAGAGGAGGUGCUGAGGACUCACUCUGCCCUGAAGGAGGCGCUGGCCAUCAUAGGAGACAUCUCUACCUCCACCUCCUCUACUCCUCUACCUCCUCCUGUUGACUCCUCCUGGCUGCAUGGAGCCCCUGGGACCAGCUGCAGGUCUCCCAGUCCUACAGCUAUAGCUUCUAAGCGUAUAGCCACUGCUCCCAGAGCCUCGCCCUCCACCAGAGGCCCCACCCCCAUGGCCCCACCAGUCCCCUCCCGCGCCGCACCCCAUGGACCAAUCAGCAAUCACGCUGAUACCACCCAGUCUCCACCCACCGGACUCAUCAGACCCCCCCCUAACGUACCCAGGAGGCACCCCCCAGCUGUCCCCACGAAACCAUUGCACUGACCCUUCCCCACAACACAACAAUGACUCUUAUAGGACAACUACAUCAUACAGUCUGUCAAUCAGAUGGAUCAUAUUACUAUUUUGUAAUGCCUUUUUUAACUUCUUUGCCAAAUCUCAAAUGCAACCCUAUCCCACUUCUAUCCCCUACCACCCGGACACUUGCAAAGAUCUGAAAUGAUUGGAUAGGUGUAAUCAAUGUGGUGACUAUUUCUACUAGUCUAUUGGAGGGCAAGUUGAAGCCAUUGCCAUAUUGAUAAUUUCUACCCAUUCUAAACUCAUAUCAAUCUACCAUUUUGCUGGAGACUCUUACCCAGAUCUUGUCAAUGAGCUGUCUAAUCUGUAAUACAGUGUGCUUUCUCUCCCUCUCCUUCCUUCACUCCCCUCCCCUCUUUCUCCCUCCCCUUUUGUACAUAUGGUAAUGUCUACAAAUGUUGGAAUGUGUGUGUGUGUUACCAUGUGUAAGCUUUGUGUAAAUAUACAAUAUUGUGUAAAUACACAAAAACAAUACACCACUGUUUCUAUGGUUUUAAAUAAACAGGGUUUUAAUUUUC